AAUUCUCCAAUACCCACUGGCCUUCCAAAUUCCAAUAUUCCUUCCUUUGAAAAUAUUAUAUCAGCAAAUGCUGUAGUUUCAUUCAUUUAUUUAUUUAUUAGUCCAGCAGUAUUUAGAAAAAGAAACAAGCUGAUUCUGCUAUUGGUUUAAUUCUAGGCUUCUUUCAUUGUUGACCUAUUAUUUAUCACAACUUUUCAAGAAAAAAAAAGGUGGAGAUGCAGGGCAUUGAGGAUCAGAAAAUUCAACAGAAUGAACCCGUUGGUUCAAUUGCUCCAAGGUAUGAAGCUGAUAGGAUUCAGCAAAUAGGGAAUCCAUGGAGCACUGGACUAUUUGACUGUCAUGAGAAUCAGACAAAUGCUGUUAUGACAGCAUUUUUUCCCUGUGUAACAUUUGGGCAGAUAGCAGAAGUACAAGAUGGUGGAGAACUUAGUUGUCAUCUGGGGAGCUUCAUUUAUCUAUUAAUGAUGCCUGCUUUGUGCUCUCAAUGGAUUAUGGGGUCAAAGUACCGCACAAAGUUGAGGAAGAGGUAUAAUUUGGUGGAAGCUCCAUAUACGGAUAUAGUCUCUCACAUCUUUUGUCCAUGUUGUUCCCUCUGUCAAGAAUUCAGAGAGCUAAAAAUUAGAGGACUUGACCCUGCUCUUGGAUGGAAUGGCAUUCUUGCACAACAGCAAAGUGAUCAAACAUUAAAGAAUCCUCCUUUAAACCAAGUCAUGUCCAAGUGAACACAGUUCUUUCCGAGGGGAGCUGUUAAAAUUAAAUUGAAUUGUAUUUGUUUUGAUUUGUUUGGUGUUUGUUUAUUUUUAACGUCUGGUGCUUGUAACCGAAUUACAAGAGAGAAAAUAAAGCCAAAAGUUGGCAAUUUCGGUUUGACAGUUUAUCAACAUUCCACGGAAUAGAAAUCAUGACAUGCAUGCGGUUCUAGUUCA